UCCCAUAUCUUUUCCCCUUAAAGUGUUAAGAUCUUAUCACGAAAUGAAAACUCCAGUUUCUGGCUUUGAGUUCUGAAGAUCACAGACUACAUCCCCGUACAGAAAUUUAGUGCUGAAACCUUUCUGCUGGAGAAAUGUCUUCAGAGUCAGAAAAGGAUAAAGAGAGGCUCGUUCAAGCUGCCAAAACAUUCUUCUUUUACAUGCAAGAUCUUGCUUCCUUCACAAAUGCACUCAUCGAAUUGUUCAACAGCAGUAUGAGCACUCAGAUCCUCUUGAUGACUGUGAAAGAAGAUGGUAAUGUGAAGGCUGUCUUUGAACAAAUGCUCAAAAUUUUUAAGGAGAUGCACUCUGUGGUGGCAGCCAAGCAGGACCCAAUGCAAAGUGAACCUUUAAGUUCCAAGAUUGCAACAGCUAUUUCCUCUAUGGUUGAGAAGAGUAACAAUAUAAGGGAGUUGCAACAGUCAAGCAAAGAAAUGUUCAAAAAUGCCCAGUCACCUAUCAUUGCCUCUGUGCUGAAUAGUGGUAACAUUCUUGAGAGUUUGGAAUCUUCUCUUUUACUCUUGAUGAAAUAUCCCAUCAUGAAUCUCCAAUUAAGUGACUUCUACAGGAAAGGACAAUCAGAUGCCACCACAUCUGAGAAAAGUCCAGGUCCAUCCAAAGCCACUACAAUAGAUGCCUUGAAAAAGUUGCAGGAUGCACUCAACAUUGAGAAUGCUAAGAAUACCAUUAAGUCAGCUGCAGAUCAAAUGGAACAAAUUGUCAAAACUAUGGGACCCAUCUUAGAGGUCCUUCAAAAAGCCAUAAAAACUAUGGAAACUAAGUUUUCUGUGUUUAAGAAACCCAGGAACUAGUAGGAGUGCAACAGAAGUGUUCGUGCUGGUCAGAAAACCAAUUCAAACCAUGCAAGUUUUCAUAGUACUCUCAAGACCCUCAGUGCCCAACAUGUGGCCUAUUGGGACAUGAAUUCAAAAAGUA